CCAAAAUCGAUAAACGAGUACUAUUAAUAGAACAGUAAUUUCCUUAUUUUUGAAAAAGAAAGUAGAUCUACCUUUAUUAACUGGAAUUGUGUAUACAUUAUAAGAGUUAGAAAUGUUUAGUCGUCCUCCCACUUACUUAUCUGAUGCGUCCCAGCGUCUUUCACAAGUACUGGAUGAAGUCGGAUUGAACGAAAACAUGCGUUUUGUAAGGCAAAAAACAAAUCUACUAAUGGAAAGAAUGGAAUGCCUGAGAAGUAAGGUUAGUUGCCACAACUCAGUCAUGUAUUAUUUUGGCAGUCAAACGGAGGGUUCGACAACAGCCGGAUUGGGGUCCGACAAGGACAAGUUAAUGUGCACUACUUUAGUCAACGUCGUUCAAGACGAGACCGAAUGUAUAGAAGGUAAAUGCAAUGUAUUGAUUGUGCAGGACGAUACAACGCCACCUGGUUACUGCAGUAUCAAACUUUAUGAUCUUGGUCGGUCUGGUUUCAAUGGUAAAUAUGGAUAUGAUAGGCAAGGAAAUUACUUUUUGCAGAACACUUUCCUACAUGACACCCCGAUAGACAAAGAAGUUGGGAGCGUAAGGCAAGGUCCAGCUCAAACCGUAGAUGAAUUCGAUAUUGACCAUGUCCCGGCAUUUCAAUGUAGAUCAUGGCCUAAAGAAGCAAAACAAUGGGCGCGGUGCUUAAGUCGUGAUCAGUGGCCGUAUGAUCACAUGCGGAGACAUUCCGAACAAACUGGAUGCUUUGUGGUACCGACAGGAAAUAGCCUGAGUGAAAACGAAAACUAUGAAUGGAGGAUAUCGACUUCUCAAGCGGAGAGAUGCUUUAUGUUUAACAUGAAUAUAACACAAAUCAGAUGCUACACCAUGUUAAAGAUAAUAAUGAAAACAAUUAUCAAACCAUUGGUUGGUGAAACGCUCACAAGUUUCCAGUGCAAAAGCAUGCUGAUGAAUGUAGUAGAAAAUAUGGUCAAUCAGCGAUGGACAGAGGAUAGAUUACUUGAGUAUAUCUUAUCGUGCCUCCGUUUAUUGAAAGCGUGCGUUGCUAGCAACAAUUGCCCGCAUUAUUUCAUUCCAAAGAAUAAUUUGUUGGGUGGACGACUAAACAGAAGUAGCAGACGAGACAUCGAACAAGAACUUGAAAGUUUGAUACAUGAUGGCUGCCGGAAAAUACUCUCUGUUAAAGUCGACAACAUUGGUGAAAGAUUUAUCUUGAAAUUUAGCACUAUUCUUGAACUUGACUUGAAAUCUUCUGCUUGUCCUUCAACAAAUUCCAAAGACGUUCAGUUACAUGUCCUGUGUAAGUUAUUCCGACGACUGUUUGCCGCGAAGCUGAUGUUUGUGUAUCUGAUAACCCUUCAGGGCAUCGAAGAUUCAACAAAAGCCUUACCUUCAAUGGUUGACAAUCUUCUAGCAUUGAAUUUCUUUGGAAAUGAGUCCGCAAGUGAUGCAGCUCAAGUAAUGAACCCUGUAUUAUGUUUAACUGUAGGUUCAAUGAUUGCAUCAGUUGAUAUAUCCAUGGGGCAAACCCCUUCAGCCGAGGCAAUGCAGUUUCUCAAAAUGGGUUUACACUCAGACGUCGCGGCAGGUCGGCUAAAACUUGCAUCCGUCCUUUAUUGUGCAGGUGCAUUUGAGGAAGUUGAGCGAGUGCUAAGAGACGUUGAAAAUCGUUUCGAAACCCUGACUGUUCUUGCUGUUUGCAACUGCAGAAGUACAGAUCCCUGGACUGCUGAAGAUGAUAUCCCAGCUGAAGUAACAAAACCUGGAACGUUCGGGAAAUUGCAUUUUGCUUCUGGCGUUAGCUUCAAUAGGCACGAAAGAUAUUGUGUUCCUAAGCCGUUGCAGUAUGAGAUGUUUCGAUGCACUGGGGAGGAACUGAAUGAAAGAGGGGAUGUUAUGUACUUAUGGAACGAUUGGGCUGUUGUAGAUGCAUUACCUUACCUAUAUUUCUUACAGUAUCUGACAUUUAAACGUCUCGGGAAAAACAAUGACAAGGAAAAAGCAUUAGAUAGGCUGGCGCAAAUCAUUGUAUCAGAUCCGUUACUUUUUCACAGGGAAACAGCAAUGAAUCUUCUUGGACAAUGUAUGGAAUUGGAAGAACAUAUACAAUUUGCGUUGGUUUGUUAUAGCUGGUCCUUGAUGGAGCGGGAUACACACAAUGUCGCCCGAUGGCUUGUCUCUAUCCUGAUUUGGAAAAUUUAUCGUGGGGAAGUGGAGAUGGAGUUCUAAAUUAUGAUGUCGUAUUUUCAAUCGCCUACAGUUAUAAACCCUGAAAUCAACCGAUGGAUGAUCCAAGCUUGAUACAAUUAUAGUGGCUGAUUUUACAGUGUACAAAGGACAAUAUGAAACGUUACGGUAUAAGUAAUGAUGUUAUGUAUUUUAAAUGAAAGAGUGCAAUUUCAUUCUUUAAAUAGAUCUACAAUAUAGUUUGGUACCAAAACUAAACAUAUACCUUUUUCAAGGAUUUAUAAGGAAGGAAAAUUAUUAUUAAAGUGCUCAUAUAAAUUAUCUUUAACAGUUUUAAAAGACAAUGUUUAGUAGAAAUUACAGACAAAUAGCAAUAAGCACAAUGAACUAAACUUUAGGUUAAAAUAUGAGGCUCUGUCUUGGAGUUGCCAGUCAUAUCAGUUGAAGGCUUGAAUCAUAUCCUGAAUAUUCAGAUUUAUGAAGAAAUUUUGUAACAUUGUGAAAGUCAACGAUACGUAAAACAAUUAAUGUGUAAAGGUCACUUGUUUCCAGUUAUGUUCAUACUGCAAUAGUUCUUUAGCUGCCUCUGCCUUGCAGUUCUAUAGGCAGUUGUGAGUCAACAAGUCAUAAAGUAGAAGUUGCAAUUUUAGUUGUGCCAAAAACAAAAAUAAAGCUCAAGAAAACAGAUGUACACCAAAUCCAACAAAACGUUUUUGUGGUCGGUGAGGAGAUCCAAUGCCAGCAUAAUACAUGUUGGAUUUAAUCGUGUAAGAGACCAUUUCUAGUAUUUAUCUUACUAGCCGAAGAUUUAAUCAUAGAGUGUUUGUUGACAUUUUUUGCAUUUUCACAUGUAACAUGUUAUGCUAUUUAAGGUAAAGAAAAUGGUU